AAGCGCAAACUGUCAAAAUUCGAUCUGAUGGUGUUCUGGUUCGGUCGCGUUCGAUUAUUCUUUCUUUCGAUCCUGUGCAAAAUUCUUUCGUAGGAGCCAAAAUCUCCUGGUUUUUCGCUCAUUUCCCGUCGAAAACUAGCCUUUUCCUGAACUAGGACUGUUUCCCCGGUAGCGGUCGCAAAGGAGCUGCUUCUCAAAUUCACCUUCACAAUGACCAGGGCCAACAUUGAGCUGGGCGAUGUCACUCAUCACAAUCUGAAACAGCUGAAAAAGAUCAACACAGUGGUGCUGCCGGUUUUGUACAACGACAAGUUCUAUCUGGAUGUGCUGGAAUCGGGAGAACUCGCAAAGCUAGCCUAUUACAAUGAUGUGGUUGUUGGAGCCGUUUGCUCCCGAAUCGACACUUCGGACAACCUGCGGAGGCUGUACAUUAUGACCUUGGGGUGCCUAUACCCAUACAGGCGACUAGGGAUUGGCUCGGUGAUGGUCAAACACAUCCUGAACUACGUGGAAAACGAUGGCAACUUCGACAGCAUAUUUCUUCACGUGAAGGUCGAUAACGAGGGAGCGAUUGAGUUCUACAAAAAGUUUGGAUUCGAAAUUGUCGAAACCAAGCAGCAUUACUACAAACGCAUUGAACCGGCAGAUGCCCAUGUCCUGCAGAAGACACUGACCAGACGCGGAAACCCAAACACAACCACAACAGCAACAGCAACAACAGCAGCCGCAACAACACCAUCAGAACGGCGUCGGAGGGAACAACAUCAACCAGAGUAGUCAAAGUAUUCAAAAUUCCACCUCCCAGCAGCAGCAAGCUCCGGAGAAAAACCGAUAAGCCAAGCACAGGAACCUAGGGGGCCAUUUGCGACCUGCAGUCGCGAAUAAAACAAAAGAGAUCGACGGUAGGAGUUUAUUCGAUUUGUUAUUUAUUGAGCGCCGAAAGCAUCCUAACAAUGCUUCGAAGGUAGUUUUGAGACAUUCAGAAAAUCGCACCAAAUUUGAGUUUCCUUCGGGCAAGGUAGCGAAUGGUCUUUUUUUUAAAUUGAAAUGGAGAUUUACACUUUUAUUAGCUGCCAAUUGCUUACCCAGACUGGUGGUUUAACUUUAUGUUUGUCUGUACCAUGUUCUGGACUCUCCAAUCCGGUGUUAUCAAUUGCGGGGUUUGGCGUCCGACAUCGCUGCAGGAUGUACCUAUAUUAUGAAACGUGUUUGGAAUGUACGGAGCGAACAAUUAUUUUAAGAAAAAUGAUAUCUCAAUGUGUUUAAUAGAGGUCGAAUAAAUGGUAGACGUACAGUGCACAGCAA